CCAUUUGCACCACAUCAGUCGUUCAAGGUGCACACAUUUGAAUGGACGUUGGUUGUAAAUUACAGCCGGAUAAUGAAGAGUGAGCCAAUUAUCGAAAAAAUACGCAACAAAUUGAAGGAUUCUAAUCCUGAUCGACGCACGGUUUUGAGCGUAUUUCAAUUCAAUAUCACUGAUACCGAUGGAAAGUUAAUUAAAAGUGUAGUUUUUGAUUUUAAGGAUCUGAAUAUCUAUGAGGGCACAACAGAUGCAGCAGAUGCUGAAGUUAUUAUAUCGGAUGAGGAUUUCUAUCUAGUAGGUACGAAGCAAACAACAUUUGAUGUACUACUCGCUGAGAACAGGGCGGUUGUCAAGGGAGAUGCCAAGGCCAUAGACAAAAUACUUGGGAAGUUCCGUUCAGGAGCAGAUAAGUGACUGGAUUGAUAGUUGAUUAUUAUUUUUUAUUUAAGUCAAAACGGUGAGAGCCUGGACCCACUUACGCGUUUAAAGGAAGAUGCGAAUAAUGUUGCAGAUAGCGAAUGUAGUUCUUGAAUUAUAGCGAUAUCAGUGAUGUUUACAUGUAUGUAUUUACAUAUGAACAUGCACCCAUAUGCAUAUGUAUUCCUGUUCUUACUUUAGUAAUCAUGUCCUAAAAUUUAUUCUUUUAAAUAAACUAACCUUAAUUUUAUAUAAAUAAACUAGCAGACCCGGUGAACUUCAUCCCGCCAAAAA